AUGAAAGAGAGAAACGGAGAAGGGAAAGGAGAAAAUGACAGAAAUGAGAAGGGUAAGGAGAAGAUGACAGAAAAGGUGAAGAUGACAGAAAAGGAGAAGGGUAGGGAGAAGAUGACAGAAAAGGAGAAGGGUAGGGAGAAGAUGACAGAACAGGAGAAGGGUAAGGAGAAGAUGACAGAACAGGAGAAGGGUAGAGAGAAGAUGACAGAACAGGAGAAGGGUAGGGAGAAGAUGACAGAACAGGAGAAGGGUAAGGAGAAGAUGACAGAACAGGAGAAGGGUAAGGAGAAUAUGACAGAACAGGAGAAGGGUAAGGAGAAGAUGACAGAACAGGAGAAGGGUAGAGAGAAGAUGACAGAAAAGGAGAAGGGUAGGGAGAAGAUGACAGAACAGGAGAAGGGUAAGGAGAAGAUGACAGAACAGGAGAAGGGUAAGGAGAAGAUGACAGAACAGGAGAAGGGUAGAGAGAAGAUGACAGAACAGGAGAAGGGUAGGGAGAAGAUGACAGAAAAGGUGAAGAUGACAGAACAGGAGAAGGGUAGAGAGAAGAUGACAGAAAAGGAGAAGGGUAGCGAGAAGAUGACAGAAAAGGUGAAGAUGCCAGAAAAGGAGAAGGGUGGGAUGAAGAAAAGGAGGAGGGUGAAAGGGAAAUAA